AUGGCAUCGAAAUCAUAUUUCUUACUUUUGAUCACUAUUAUUUCAUGUCAACAACUCCUUCUCAUUCAAGCAGAAUCGGAAACAAAGGUUGAAGUACAAAACGAAGCCGUUAAAAUCGACGAAAACAAACCUUUGAAUGACUUUCAAGAUCGGUGUGCCAGUACCAAAUGCCGUGAUGGUGAAACGUGCGUUCUCAACAAGGAUGGCGAUGCCGAAUGUGGUUGUAUUCCACAGUGUGAAGAUCCUAAAGAUGAACGUUUAAUGGUUUGCACAAAAGCCAACCAUACCUAUACGUCUGACUGCGAAUUUUUCCAAAUGCAAUGCUGGUGCCGUAAGAAAGAUGAACGCUGCACCCGACCAGAGGCAGUAACAGAUGUCAUCGACUAUUUCGGACGAUGUCAAAAUAUUGGUGUCUGCACUGAAUUUGAAUUGGAUGUGUUCCCCAAACGUAUGAACAUUUGGCUCGGUGAAAUCCUCGAUGCAUUGUUUGUUCGAAAGGAUCUCGAUACUAAGUAUGCUGUUUUGGUCGAUGAAGCACGCAAAAUGAAACUAUCCAAUACUGAAAAAUGGUGGCGCAAUGCUGUACUCUGGGAAUUCUGUGAACUCGACCAAACUCAUGAUAACGCCGUUAACAACGAAGAAUUAGCUCGUUUUGUUCGAUCACUCAAAGUUCUCGAACAUUGCAUUCAACCAUUCUUAGAUCAUUGCGAUACUGAUAAUGAUAACAAGAUCUCUUCGGAAGAAUGGGGUACAUGCCUUGGUCUUGAUAAAGACGAUAUGGCUUUCUUGAAAACGUUCUGUUCACAUUAA